CUAACGUUACCGUCAGACGCCAAGUCUAGCAGUACCGUCUUCAGCGCAGUCUUCUUCAGCACCUUGCCUGCCUGGCUGCCUGCAAUGCCCUUGGAUACUGCCGUCCCUCUCAUCGCUACACAAUUUACAUUAUUCUGAACGAGAGAAUAAUAGCUGGAAAAGUUUCAGGACAGGGCGAAUGAUAUUGGAUGUAUAUUACCGUGUGACGGCGUUCAGUGUCUUUAUUUAUGUGAGCCUGUAUGGGGCGAAUGGAGAGGAGGGUGCAUCGAUAAUUGAGAGAGCAGAGCAGGACUUGCUGCCUGCUGCAGAAAACCUGACGGCUCGGUGGAUUUGGAUUUGUUGUUGGGACCAGCAGUCCGGCGCGGGGUUGCGCGUCAUAUCAAAGGAUUUCUCCAGACGGAGCGCUUCUACUUUUUGAGUUCUAAAAAAACAUAUUGCAUGGAUACAACAUCAUGGCUACGUUUGUAUGCAGGGUACAGUUCUUAGAUGAUACUGAUCCAUUCAACAGCACCAAUUUUCCUGAGCCGACCAGACCGCCUCAGUACACUUUCAGGGAAGAUAUCCCCCUUAUCAAUCAGAUUGCUGGAGUCCACAGGCUUCUCAAAGCCCCACACAAGCUUGAUGACUGUGCCCUCCAGCUCUCCCAAAAUGGGAGCUACCUGGACUUGGAGUCUACCCUGGCAGAACAGAGAGAUGAACUCGAGGGCUUUCAGGAGGGAGGAAGAGGCAAGAAGCACAGCAUCAUCCUCCGGACACAGUUAUCUGUCAGAGUUCACGCUUGUAUCGAGAAACUCUACAACUCAAAUGGACGAGAGCUGAGGAGAGCCCUGUUUUCCCUCAAACAGAUCUUUCAGGAUGACAAGGACCUGGUCCAUGAGUUUGUGGUGUCUGAAGGACUGACAUGUCUAAUCAAGGUCGGAGCUGAAGCAGACCAGAACUACCAGAAUUACAUCCUCAGGGCUCUGGGACAGAUCAUGCUGUAUGUGGAUGGAAUGAACGGCCUCAUAAGUCACAACGAAACCGUCCAAUGGCUUUACACACUUGUUGGAUCCAAGUUCCGUCUGGUAGUGAAGACAGCUCUGAAACUGUUACUGGUGUUUGUGGAGUACACUGAACCCAACACUGCCCUGCUCAUCCAUGCUGUCAACACCGUGGACACCAAGAGAGGCUGUAAGCUGUGGUCCAAUGCCAUGGAGAUUCUGGAGGAGAAGGAUGGGGUGGACACAGAGCUGCUGGUGUAUGCCAUGACCCUCAUCAACAAGACUCUAGCGGGCCUGCCUGACCAGGACUCAUUCUAUGACGUGGUGGACUGUUUGGAGGAGCAGGGCAUGGAGGCCAUGUCUCAGAGACACCGUAGCAGGAAGGGAACAGACCUGGACCUCAUGGAGCAGUUUAACAUCUACGAGACUGCUCUGCGCCAUGAGGACGGGGACGACGAGAGCCAGCCACCUACCGUGGGUCGGAAGAACCGGCGACGUGCCAGCGUGGGGGGCACCAACGACCGGCGAGGCCUGGAGAGGAGACGCAGCCGGAGACACUCCCUCCAGAACGGGAGAGGACUCACCUCAGCCCCUGCUUCCCCCAGCAGCCCUCACUCUCACGGAGGACACAACGGUAGCUUCCUGCCCUUCGGAGGCCAGGGCAUCGACGACGUCAGCGAAAGAGAGGAGGAAGAGGAGGAGGAGGAAGAGGAGGAUGAGGAUGAGGAAGAUGAUGAGAGUCAUGAUAUCACAGAGACCACUAGAAAGGUCUUCCACAGCAGCCAAACAGCUGUAUUGUAUACAUCUAGAGCACCCGUUAGUGCUGGAAGCCGACACAUAGGCCACGUCAUGGCGCUCCCUGGCAGGUCCCAGGGUGUAGCCAGCGCCAGCGCCCCCACCACCCCUGUACACCGCUCCCAGGGUGUUGCCAGCGCCCCCACCACCCCUGUACACCGCACCUUUGCCACCUCAGGGGCACCACAGCUAGACUCCAAGUCUGACAGACCUUCUCUGGGGAGCUUGUUGUCCUCCUCCUACAGACAACACCAGGAGUCUCUGACUGCAGAGAGAGAGAGGAGGAGACAAGAGAGGGAGGAACGACUGCAGAAAAUCGAGAGGGAGGAGAGGACCCGCUUCAAUCGGGAUUACAUGGACAAGAGGGAAGAGACAAGACAGGCCAGAGAAGAGAGAUAUAAGUGUGUUGAGAGGCUCGCAGCAGAGGAGUAUGAGAAAGAGAGAGAGCGUGCAAGAGCGCCACCUAGGGGGCGCACAGAGAUCACCCUGAGCCUGAGCCCCACCCCCUCCAGUCGCUCCGCCUCCCCCCGCUGUGCCACGCCCUCCUCCAUCGCCUCUCCGGAAGACGCUGGCACCAUUCCAUCCCAGACAUCCCAGACGCAGGGAAGUGAAGUAGACGUAGAGCCAAGCCGUGACCUUCAGACUAGAACCACAAGUCCAGCGCCAGAGUUAAUAGUAUCAGGACCUUCUCCAGAACCCACAGAGCCCCCCUCCCAAACUCCCCCGGCGCCAGCCGAGGAGCAGGCAGAGACAGAGACGCAGACAGAGAAGCAGGAAGUAGCUGAAGUUGAGUCCAAGCAGGAAGUACUAGAGCUAGUGGAGUUAGUGGUAGAUGAACAGACACAGGGUAAAGAGCAAGAAGAAAGUGAGGAGGAGGAGGAGGGUAAGGAGGAAGAGAGACAGUCAGGGAAUGAGGUAGAGGGAGAAGAUAAGGUAGAAGAGGAGGUAGAGGUAGAGGGAGAAGAGGUGGAGAUAGAAGAUGUAGAAGUGGUAGAGAUAGAGGUGGAGGAGGAGGGAGAGAGGGGGCAGGCUGCGUCGGAGGAGAGGGAGAUGGAGGGGAGGCUGGUCCUCCUCAGUGAGAAGGAGAGGCAGAACGAGGAAGUGAAUGAGAAGGACAACUGUUCUGCCUCCAGUAUCUCCUCAGCCAGUAGCACUCUGGAGAGAGAGGAGAGGGAGGAGAAAGUCAACAGCAACCUUGAACCAGGCCAGUGCAUUAAGGAGGAAGACGUGAACGGACAGUGCAGCAAGAUCCUCAACAGCAAGCGCUUCAUGCUGGACAUGCUCUAUGCCCAGAACAAGACCGCUGCAGACGAGGACGAAGAGAAGGCGGGAGAGACGGAACAGACGGAGAAAUGCAAAGAGGGGAUGGAGACGUCAUCGUUAGAGGGUCAGGACGGGUCGUCGGUGGCCAGCUUAGCCAGUCGUAUCUCUACACUGGAGGCCAGCAGGCAGGCCUGCGAGGAGAACGUCAAGAAGAUGGAGGUGCAACACCUGGAGAACCAGGGGAGUGUCAGGGCCGUGGCCGAGAAAUUUGGAGACCUUGUUAAAAGCCUUGUGUCGCCUCACGAGCUGGAGGCAUUGGAGAAGCAGCAGCAGGGGCAGCUUCAACCUGAUAAAGACAAAGCUCCUCCGGCCCCGUCCUCCUCUCCCCUACCUCCUAAGAAGGAGUCAGAUUAUAUCUGGGACCAGCUGAUGGCAGCCCCCAGGGAGCUGCGGAUUAAAGAGAUGGACUUUACAGACCUGGCAGACGAGGAUGAUCUGGACAUCCUAGACGUGGACAGUGUGCUGAUGGGCUCCAGUGACCUGAUGAUCCCUCCCCCUCCUCCCUGUCUCUCCACCCUGCCCCCUCCCCCUCCCCUGGGCCUGUUCGGCUCCCCGCCCCCUCCUGUCCCUGGCAUGAUGCCCCCUCCCCCGCCCUUCAUGCCCCCGGACCCACCCAGGGAGCCCCCUCUGUUCCAAAAGAAGAAGAAGACUAUCCGUCUCUUCUGGAACGAGGUAAGGCCCAUGGACGGCCAGUACAGGAACCACAAGCGUUGUAGAGAGUCUCUCUGGUCCAAACUGGAGCCGGUCAAAGUGGACACGUCCAAGCUGGAACACCUGUUUGAAACCAAGUCCAAGGAGCUGCCUGUUACCAAGAAAACAGCAGUGGAUGGGAAACGACAAGAGAUUAUUGUCCUGGACUCCAAACGGAGCAAUGCCAUCAACAUCGGGCUGACCGUCCUCCCCCCUCCCCGCACCAUCAAGACAGCCAUCCUCAACUUCGACGAGUACGCUUUGAACAAGGAGGGGAUCGAGAAAAUCCUGACGAUGAUCCCGACGGAGGAGGAGAAGCAGAGGAUCCAGGAUGCUCAGCUGGUGAACCCUGACGUCCCCCUGGGAUCAGCAGAGCAGUUCCUCCUCACCCUGUCCUCCAUCACGGAGCUGUCCGCCCGGCUGCAGCUCUGGGCCUUCAAGAUGGACUACGAGGUCACGGAGAAGGAAGUGGCAGAGCCUCUGCAGGACCUUAAGGAAGGGAUGGACCAGCUGGAGAAGAACAAGACGCUGCGUUACAUCCUGUCCACGCUGCUGGCUAUAGGCAACUUCCUUAACGGAUCCAACGCGAAGGGCUUUGAGCUGGGUUACCUGGAGAAGGUUCCGGAGGUAAAGGACACGGUUCAUAAGCAGUCUCUACUGCACCAUGCCUGUUCCAUUGUGGUGGAGAAGUUUCCAGACAGCUCAGACCUGUACUCUGAGAUAGGAGCCAUCACCCGCUCGGCUAAGGUGGACUUCGACCAGCUCCAAGACAACCUGAGCCAGAUGGAGCGACGCUGCAAAGCAUCGUGGGACCACCUCAAGGUCAUUGCCAAGCACGAGAUGAAGCCUGCGCUCAAACAGAAGAUGUCUGACUUCCUAAAGGACUGUGCAGAGAGAAUCAUCAUCUUGAAGAUAGUCCAUCGGAGAAUUAUCAACCGGUUCCAUGCCUUCCUGUUGUUCCUGGGCCAUCCAGCAUACGCUGUGCGGGAGGUCAGCAUCCACCGCUUCAGUAAGAUCCUCAGUGAGUUUGCCCUGGAGUACCGGACCACACGGGAACGCGUCCUGCAACAGAAACAGAAGAGGGCCAACCACAGAGAGAGGAACAAGACCAGAGGAAAGAUGAUCACAGAUGAUGGAAAGUUUGGCGGUAGCGCCCCGGGGCCUGUAAGCCAGGAGGGCGUGCUGACGCAGGGUCUGCAGUACGCAGAGGAUGCAGCGGAGCAUGAGAACAUGAAGGCAGUGCUGAAGAGCAGCUUGCAGGGCUGCAGUGACAGUGGAGCGUCCACCGUGCCAGGCCUACGUACACGCACCAGAGCCAGCAGGCCAGGCCGUGUGGGUCCUUGGGGCUCAUCAUUGAUUGAAGACCCACCUAAUUGCACAGAGACAGACGCUGCAGAUGAGAUCAUGGAGCGCAUCGUCAGGUCAGCCACUCAGGGGCCCAGGACACGGACAGAGCCUCGCGAGAGGAAGAGGUCCAGAGCCAACCGCAAGUCCUUGAGAAGAACACUGAAAAGCGGUCUGACGCCAGAGGAGGCCAAUGCCUUGGGGUUGUCCAGUGGUUCAGAGAUGGCUGUGUGACAGGAAGAGAAGUAGAGCUGGAUCCGGCAGCACAGCACACACAGACACCUGGGAAACCCUCUUACCGCCUGCCCCGCCCUUCACUGACCCCUGACCUCUAACCCCUGCUCAUCCAGCCAGCCAGUCAACCGCUGCACCAUAGCUUCGCUUGGUCUUUCCCCUGGUUCAGCUUUAUGAUGACUGUAGCUCACCUUCCUGUCUGUGGUUUGUGCAGGUAGCUGUGACACAGUGUUCCACCUGGUUAAGAUGGUAAACAAUGUUCAGGAAGAGACCAUGAGGAAUAUGGUCCUCAUCCAGGAUAAUAGAUGGUUUUCAGUGGAACAAAGUGGUAUUAGUAUAGGGGCAGUUAAAGGGGUUCAGUGAUCCAGCUGACUCAGCUCCACACACACACACUCAGGUAAAGUUCAGCAUCCAAACCACUACACUAUGCUGCUGUGCCGACUUGAGUGUUUCUUACUGGUGUUGUUCCAAUCAGUUGUUUCUCCUAACCUUUGAAUAUGAGGCUGAGGCCUUUGAGGAACAGCUCACAUCCCAACUGUAAGUCUUAAUCACUUGAUGAAGCCCACAGUGACCACAUGACUGGUGGUGAAUCUCAGUUGUAUUUCCUUGAUUCCUCGUGUCUUCUAUCCUCACCUGUCUACACAAGGCUUUGGAGGACUAGAUCUGAGGUUCGUCCUCCCUAACCUUUUCCUCAAUUGAGAUUCACCCUAUGACUGAAAGAUACAAACUGAGACUUACCUACACAGAAGACAUUUAGCCUCAGGACUUCUAAAGGGAGGGACAUGCGAGUUCUUGAAUCACUGGGGACUUGUGUCUGAACCAAAAAGGCCUCGGAGUUGAAUAGUAAAGAAGUUAGCAUCGACGCUAAAUAAGUUAGCAUUGAUGCUAAAUAAGUUAGCAUUGAUGCUAAAUAAGUUAGCAUUGAUGUUAAAGACGUUAGCAUUGAUGUUAUCUAUCCCCACUUAUGGUGAGCAUGUGUGUUGGGCUUGGUGUCAGAUAGUAUUUUUAGUUUGAACAAUUUUUGUUUAUAUAAAAAAAAAAUGUCUGUGUCCACAGGCUGUUUUGUUCUACUAUACUACUGUGGUAGUUUUGGGGGUUUUAAAAUACUAUAAUGCGUGAGAAAAAGGUGCUCAGAGAAGGAAUAUUUGCACUGGAUGUAGAAGUUGGAUAUUUAGAGGAAAGGAAGGGGAAAUCCUUGACACACACUGAUGUACCAAUCAGAUAUCAGAUGAAUGAAAGAAUCCCCCAGACAGAACCAAUAAUGAAACAGUAGCACAACUGAUUAUACACUCGACUUUCAGAGGAAAAGUGAACAGAUUCCUUUGACUUUUGCAAACUAAAAUGUUUCCAAUUUUGCAUGUUGUUGAUUCAGUUGGAUUUUAUACAGAUGGAACAAACUGGAAUUCCAAGAGGACACACCUUGAUGUGUUAAGAGGGAAGGUAUCAUUUACUACAUACAAUUGAAUUACUGGUUUCCACUUUUAAAAAACACAUUGCAUAUCAGAGUCAUCAACUUUGAUGAGAACAGUCUGUGAGCUGACAAGUGUACAGAAGGGACGAUGCUACUGGGUCCAGACAGACUGACGUCUGUCAAUCACGCAUAGCGAAUGUUCCAGCUUUAACCUAUAGGCCUGCCUACAACAUACAUGUUCCAGCUUUAGCCUAUAGACCUGCCUAGUACCUACAAUUACACACGUGUUGCAUGCAUGACACCAGUGUUACGCAAGCUCCUGCUGUUGUUCGCUGCAAAGCCUUCUUCUAUGGUUGAGACAUACUUAUUGUGGAGUGGUAGAACUGACAGGGAGCUAUAUUUACACUAGUUACAUUUACGUACUCUCUCUUUACUCUCUGUGUCAAAGAGUUAGGCAACAUUUAAGAAUUGUUUAAAAAAGUAAGAGAUUAAUAAUUGGUUAUUAUAGAAAAACGAUAUGAGCUUCAACUGAAUGAGUGCCUUUUAUAGACAAAUCUAUUUAUUCAGUAAUGUUCAGGGAGAUAUUUGUUACAGAAAAUGUUACUGUGUGUAAUGAAAGGACUUCCUCCUUAGGUCAAUUCAACAGCUGUGACUUCCUGUUUUCAUUCUUUCCUAGAUGAAUACAUUUCAGUACUAUGUUCCAUGGCUUUAUGUCUUGGAAACAGUUCUCCUCUUCCAUUUGCACAUUGCAGUUUUAUUUCGAAUCACAACUAAACUAGGGUUAUAGCUAAUUGUCUCAUGACAAUAUUUCCAUUUUAGCAGUUUUGUCACAAAAAAUGUUCUACAAAAAGAUAUUAGUUGUUUCCAUUUGCCUUAAUGUAGAAUUAGGGCAUUUAGUAUAUCUGAACGUUCCUACACUGUUGACUUGUAUUGAGGUGUAGUGGUUACAGUCAGCUAGAUAGCUAGUUUUUUAAAGUGCAUAAUUCCAGUUUACAUUUGGAAUUGUGUAGAGAGUUGUAUGAUGAUUCUACACAGUCACAAACAUUCACUGUGAUGGAAACAGCCAUUGUCGACUAAACAUGAAAGAAUAUAUGCUUGCAACAACACAAGCCACAACAAAACAGUCACACACCUACAAGUAUAUGUCUUUCUCAUGGAGAACUUACAAUUUGGUAUGAAACUAUCCAGCACCUUAUACACCAUUUGUAGCAUGCGUCUUUCAUUGAGGAAAACCAGAACAUUAACAGUGAGAAAGUAUAUUCUUUCAGCCUUUUUCUCAGAUGGUCAUUUUGAGUAUUGUAACUCUGAGUACAUGUAAAGUAAUAAUGGGGGAAGAAUGCUGUAAAAUGAUGUAAAUGUCACAACGAUGUGUUUUAUGUCUUUCACUUGGUAUUUUGUAUAGAAUAGUGUAUUAUAGGUUAAACAAAGCAGUGUUAUUCUAUGGAAAUUGUAAUUGAAGUGAAAACCAAACCAUGCAUGGUUUAAAGAAAUGUCUACAGAUGUGGUGUGUCACGUUAUGUUAUGGAUAAAGGGAGAUUCAUUUGAUUUGAUGCUCAGAGGUUUAGCAUUUGUUAUGUUUUAUUGUUUUUCUUCUGCACAUGACUUGAAACACAUUAGGAUAGACCGAGUGGUCGAUGUAACCACCUAGGACUGGAUUCAAUCUGUAUCGCUGAAGUUCAGCGUUUUAGCGUGAUUGAAAAUGUUCCUGCAUUAGCAUAGACUGCAUUCAUGGUAAACACUGCAUAUGUCGGCUCAAUCUGAAAUGAUCUGUAACGCUUCAGCCCCUAGUACUCCUAUGGAACCUUCAGCAGCCUUUCAUUACAUUGCACUCAAUAAAACAUGGUGUGUGUCCCAAAUGGCACCCUAUUCCCUAUAGAGUGCACUACUUCUUCUUCUUCUUCUUUUUUUACCAGGACCCAGUCCAAAAGUAGUGCACUGUGUAGGGAAUAGGGUGCCAUUUGGGAUGCAAGCCCAUGUUUUCUGUGAUUGGCUAUAUUAUCUCCUUCUCCCCCACUGCUGUACUGUAAGUCAGUGUAGGACUUGGACACAAGCACAUCCAGACUCGGUGAGCUUUUCUUGCGUCUUCGCCCCUCUAACAACAACUGUAUGUAUGAACAUCUGGCAAUAAAAGAUCUCUUAAGAAACA